UUUCCGAUUAGUAAUUUGAUAGACAUCAAAAACUGGUAUUAAAAAGUAAUGAUGACUACCUCCCAGAAUUCGCUAACACAACUGAUAGAAAUUCACGUUAACGAUGAGCAUCGUCUCUCAUUACGAGAAGAUACAUUACAAUGGAUCGACAAAAAAAGUUUACGGCAGUUUGAAACUCCCAGAAACACAACUUUUAGUGAAGCUUUGUCUGUUAAACUACUUCCUGAAAACGAAGAACCUGACGCAGCACAAGAAAAAGUUAUGAAAGAAUUCGAAAAUAAGUUAUUUGAUGAUACUGAAAUGAUGGCUUCUUCAGAAAUAUUAAUUGAAAAAACUAUAAGAAGAUAUGAUAAGAAAGAUGAUGCGAAAAGUUCGACCGUAACACAGUCAAAACGAACAAAUACUGUUUCAUUGCAAGCUGGUACAAGAUUGAGGUCUUCUGUUGGAUUUGAUGAAAAGACAGAAUUUAUGGAGGUAUACAAACAGGCAGUUUCUAAAAAAAAUUCUCUCAGAGAAUCAGUGUCGACAAGAAAGUCUUUGGAUGAAAAAAGGAAGAGUUUGGAAGACGAAGCUAAAAUAACAGGACAGAAGCAAGGCAGAAAAUCUAGUGAUGCAGGCAAACAGAGCAAACCUAAGCUGGAUAUGAGGAAAUUCUCAAAAACUAGCCAAGAUCAAGAAUCAACAACAGAUGAUAAGAAAGUAAGGGUACAAGAAACAAUGUCAUCCACGAUAACACCUAGUAAAGCAACAAUGUCAUCAACGCUCCACUUGGAAACACCAAUUUCGAAAUUACCUUUGACUUCAAGGAGAGAUACUUUCAUAAAAACGAAUAUAUCUUUAGACAGUUCAGUUAGAAGAGUUAGUAAACCUAGUAAUGCAAUUUUAAAGGCUUUGCGUGAAAUGAAGAGCAUAGAAUCCAGUAUCAGAGAUUCUAGGGAAGACUUAUUACCGCACUUGGAAAAUAUUGCUGAUGAUAGAGUCCUCAGAAGUUCAAUUGAUGAACUAAAUAAAUUAGUAGAGAUUGGCAAAGAGGAAUUUCGAAAAAGUACUCUUUCCAAAUUCGAUGAAGACGAUGAAAACUCUGAAAAAAUGAUUAGCAGCAUUGCAAUCCCAGCUAAAAUAUCAUCUGUCUCUUUUCAAAAUAUAGAGGAAGAUAUUCUCAAGCCUGAAAGAGAAUUAGAGGUUUUUGAGGCACAUCAAGAACAAAUUGAACAGGUUGUUUUGCAUGACCCUGUAGAACCUUUAGGACAAGGUAUAAAAGCUCCUGAAACAUCCACAGAGUCCUUUCGUUCUCAAAAGUCCGUUGAUGCAACUUCUGAAAUUGGCUGGGAGUAUUCAAACGAAGAAGAAGAAUUAGAAUCGUAUGGAAUGGAGGACUCUAUAAACAGCAGUGACGUAGACGAAGUCUGGGACAGGGAUAGGUUCAUUUACAAAUUCAAGGGCGAUAAAGACGCCAAUGGUCUGAGAACUAACUUUGGGUGCUUGAAAUGGAUAUCGGCUGAGAAGAGAAAGUACUGUGGAUAUUUCCAAUACAACAGUUUGCAUGGUGAAGGGUACUAUUUCAUUAAGGGAGAGAAGUAUUUGAAUUUUUACGAUGGAAAACUCUACAACAAUGAACUACAUGGAUAUGGUCAGAUAAUGUAUGGUAAUGGCGACAAAUACGAAGGCCUGUUUCGACAGAAUUACCGCUUUGGACCAGGUGUUUUGUCUCACAUGGAUGGAACCCAGAACGUUGGUAUUUGGUACGGAAACUCCAUACUACGCCUUACCACUUGCAUCUCCUAUGCUAUUCCACUCCUCGGGAAGUCUACACUUGGCAAACUCAAGUUAUUAGAACACAAAAGGAUAAUACCAGUAAAUACAACAUAUGAUGAGGUGGCAGUCAUGGUUUUGGACGAACUUGAUGCUAACUUAGACAUAUACCUACGAUUUAAAGAAUUGUACAAUCCCCAUGUGAGAAACAAAAAUAGCUUAUUCUUCGAUAGAUCCAGAUAUGACCUAUCCUACUUUGGACAAGAAGAUUGUUACAUAGAUGUCGUCGAUAAUAACAAACUGCCUGAUUUCAUCUUGAUAAAGAAAGAAUUGUCUAACGAGAAACUGAACGAAAAGUCUUCUGCAGAAGCAAGACAUUCGAAGAGGACUUACGAAGAACUAAUACACUUGAAGAAAAAGAUCAUUGACAUAAAGGAUAAUUGCCAAUGCACAACCGAUAAUCAAUGCAACGAUGAUAACUAUAUUGCAAGCUUGGUUCAAAAGGAAUUAUUCUUCAAUAACGUACUGGAUUUCAUCGAUGUCAAGUUGAGCCGACAUGUCAGAUAUUCCGAAGACAAGAAUACUUUGGAAACGAAGAAAAUUCUGGUAGAUUCUAUAUUGGCGUUGAAUAAUGGCGAUGUUCUAGUUGACGUAUUACGUCAUUCAUUCAUAUGUCGAAAAAGUGAGGUUAAUGUUAGUUUUGACGUUAGGAACGUCUUAAUUGGGAAACGCGACGUUUUUGGCCUACUAGGACAACACGAGCAGUGCUGCGUGGAUUUUCUUGAAAGAUGCGGGACUUUCGAUGAACCAGGAGCCUUAAAAUUUUUAGUGAACGGUAAUGUCAACCCAAACGUCUGCGAUUCCAGAGGUAACACUGGGUUACAUCUGGCAACGUGGAACCACGAUAAAAAAGUCAUUCGAAUGCUUGCAAAUCACGGUGCAAAUAUGGAGUGUGUGAAUGACGAAGGUGUCAAUCCAUUGAAUUUAUGCCUACUGCAAUACCUUGAAGCUGUCUAUAGCGUCGUCAAUUGGGAAACAUCCUUCUUGGAUCUAAGCAGUUUCACCCUAGAUAUCGAUUACAUAACGCGGUGGAGACCACAAGAAUCCUUCAUCAAUCUGAAUCAGUCAAACAUACGUCGAUCUUCCACAAUGACGACGUCGAGCUCCAGGAAGUUGAGGUCUUGCCUGAAAAAGAAGUUAUCGACGAACACCACGAACUCCUUAAGUUUCGAUUCUAACCGAAAAUUUUCGCAUAGUCCAGACCGUUUUGUAUUCUCCUUGAGAUACGUCAGUUGGCCGAAGAGAUUUUCUGUUGAGCCGAAAGGAAUUAAUAUAGGUGAGGAUCUCACGAGAUUUUCAGAUAAUAUGAAGCGAUGCUUGAAGAUCUUGAAGACCCUUGUACGGUACGGUGCUGAUCCAAACAAGCAAGCAGUUCCGUAUCCUCCCUUUUUCUUGGCUCUCUUCACGAAGACUCCGGAGAUUGUUGAGUUGUUCUUGGAAGCUAAAGCUGAUAAGAAUUCGAAUUUGGAAGGGAUGACACCUUUGCAAAUAGUGUCGUGUUUGGAGCUCUGCGAGGAAAAUUGCAAGAUCAUGGAGUUACUAAUCGACCAUUCAGCUUGUCUUAAUCUGUUAUCAGACACUUCUAUUUGGCAGGAAUGCGACAAGUAUCUGCUUGGUGAUCUUGAUCCUGGUUGUGAAAUCGUAAAACGUGGAAAAGAUGCCUUACACUUCAUCUGCCUUCGAGAAGACUUUUCCAGCGUGAACAGUCACUUAUUGUGUAGGAUGGCAGAGAUGCUAAUUCACGCUGGUAUCAGAACCAUUGGGCUUUAUCUUGGACACUCGCAUCUAUCUAUGGCUAUAGUUAAAGGAAAUGUAUCCUUGGUGGAAUGCUUGUUGUCGUUUUUAGAUCCAGCCAGACCUUUAGGUUACGGCUUAGGCAACGCAUUGACCGUUCUAGCCUUAGCGAGGUACUCAAACUACCUCCCCUUUUUUAUAUGCAAGAAGAUAGUAGAUCUAAUUUUGCCCAGAGUAUCACCUUUCAAUCCCCUUUACUGUUACUUCAAUAUUUUCGAAUACCUGGAUGUAGAUGCCCCUUGCCAGUUUUCAGACGAUAAACGAGGUUGGGAUGGAUUUAUGCAUCGUAUGAAGACAAUCCGGGCUUAUAUCUCCAACAGUAAAUCGCUGCAGGAUACAGACAACUGUUCCAAUGAUUUCGUAAAGGUGUAUCUCCAAGAAAAAUCCAGAGAGAUCCUGCACGUGGUAAACAGGUACAAAGCGGUAUUUUACUUAUACUGUUUCAUGAGGCUCAGAGCUUUGAAUACGUACACCAGCUACCUUGCCAAGCUCAUUGGAAAUUCCGACGAAUUCCUGACUUACAUUCGAUACACCUUCAACAGCGGAAAAAUGCCUCGGUGCUUCUUAUCCUUGUUGUACAUAGCAGGGUUGAUGAAAUACGUCGACAACGUCAACAAAGUAAAGAAAAAGGUGGCGAAGGGAAAUACGGAAGGGAGCAAAGAAUCUCAUCCUGUAUCCUCGGACACCGACACUACAUUGCUACCAGAAGAAAUAUCGAUGACCAGUGGUAAAUCUCAAGCAAGUGACGAAUACCAGCUGGGUGAUUAUUUGAAAGAACUAGACUUGGCGAGUUUCGACGAAUGUGAAAACGCUGGUCCUCCACACAUAGAUCGAUGGACAACUGAGGAAAACCUCACCCUUUCCAACAUUUGCUUUUUCUGCAUGCAGCGAACUGGAAAAACGUUGUUGAGGUGUCCAAAUUGUGGCAUAGUUAGGUUCUGUUCGAAUAGGUGUGAUUACCUCAGUGCGAAACUGAAGGUUUUCCAUCCUUGUCCAGGUAAGUUUUAUGGGACAAUCUACAAGGAAAACAAGAAACUUAUUGAAGAGAAUAAACCAGUGCCUAUAUAUGGCAUAGAUCUGGAGUUUGAAAGGUUGAGGAAUGAUUAUUUGAUGCGCCUUUGCUCGAAGUCAUCGAAAAUGAAACAUGGGGAAAGGAGAAAGAGUACCGUAAGAUGUUCGAUAAGGUUAAGAGCUGGUACCAAUCUUAUACAAGAUGAAAAGUUGUCAAAGCCGUCACUACCAUCAAAUUCACCUAAUCAAACAGAAGGAAAUGCAGAUGGCACUACGAAAAGUAAUAGUUAUUUUAAUUAUGUGACACAAAGAAGAGUGAAAUUUACACCGAGAUUAGGCCUGGAUUUUAUUGAAGAUGUGUUAACGAGACAGCAAGAUAUGGGAGUAAUUGAAAAUUUGAAUGAUACUGGCAUGAAUUCUUCUGAAGUAGAACAAGUAAUUGAGGUGAUAAAGCCUGAUGGAUAUCGUUUUCAUUCUAGGAUAAAACUUCAUGAACACGUCGAGAGGGACUGUUCAGAUAACAACGAAGAAAUUUUAUUUCCGCCAAUUAGCGAUGAGAAAAAGCAGUAUUGCAGUACGAACAAGAAAAGACGAGCUGAUAAAACAAGCGAUUCCACCCGUAAAAAAGUUAUAUUUCCUAUAAUCGAAUCUUAUAAUUGGAACACUAACAUUGUGAGAGAUGCUGACGGGCAUUGCGACAAAGCAUUUAAAAAUGAAUUGAACCUUCUCAUCGAAAAAAGAACAUCGAAUGUGCAGAAUUCUCUGAAUGCUGAAAAUAAAAAAAUUGACUUAGGAAUGUAUCAGGAUUUUUUCAGGAAAUAUAAAAAUUUGGACGUUGAAUCUGUUUUCUUACCUUAUACAUGCUACAGUGGAGAGAAAAUGUUUCAUAAAACACCAGACAAGACUUGUUAUUUUUAUGAGCCUUCAGAUGUACCUAUUCGAUUAUGAGAAGAAUUAUGAAUGUUUUAUCGAGAUAAGUUUUACAUAUUUGGUUUACUUUUAGUUUUAGAUUAUAUAUUUGAAGUGUAUAU